UUCCUUCUUCCUUCUACUCCUUCCUGUUGGAAAACAAGGAUCGAAGGGAACUUGCGCUUUGCCACAGCCAACUCGAUUUCCUACGCUUCUACGUCGUGUUUUGUUGAAAACAAUUAACAUGGUUAUCGAUCGGUUUUGAAGAGGUGUCUGUAUACGUGUUUUUCCAAAUAUCCUGCUGAAUUUUUUGUGAUAACUGCCAGGAAUUUCAAAUGAGAAGGAAAGAAGGAAAUUAACUUCAAUCACCCUUCCUACAGAAAGGGAGUUGAACUGACACUUUCAUGCUGAAAUUGAGGCUGGUCACAACACACUUCCUGAAGCAGCCAUAGUUAGGAUGUGUCGGGACAGAGAUAUGAAAUAAUCGCUUUCAACAUUUCCUUCCGUUUUUUUCCAUUCAACUGCCUCGUAACCUUUGCUCUAGAACUGUUGCAAGGAACCGUUGUUUACCUCAGGAUGUUCCGGGUAGAAGAGAUCUUGUUAGCUUUCUCUUCAAGUCGUAAAUAAAUACCUAAACUAAACAACUAAUUUCUUGAAUUAUACCAUCGACAAUAUUCUAAUUUUCCGAUAUGUUUUCAGUGUAAAAUACGAUGCAAAAUGAAAGGUCCCGUUAAGAAAGAAGAAACCAAGAAAGAACCGUUUGCGAAGAAAGAACAGAAAGACAAGAAACUGAAGGCAAAAAGUAUACUGUUGCAUUCUUGGUUGAACAGAAAUGAACAAAUCACCACAACCGAGGAAGCUAAAGUUGCUUGUAAAGCGAGGAAAAGGAAGGAAAGGCAAGAAAGCAUAAGUUCUUUGUGUCAAGAAAGGAAAGUAAUCAGGUCAAACUCUGAGGAGAGGCCACAUUCAAGAAGGCAUUCAGAAAAGGAUAGCAUCAUACGACGAGUGUCUAGCAGCGAAGAUUUACACAUACAAAACAUGAAAAACAAGAGGAACCAGUCUUCGAAAAACAAAUUCGAGGCUACAGAAACCAAUUCUUCAGUUGUUGAUGAGUGCGAGCAUGAGAAACGCAGGUCACAUGAGAGAUUUGCCAAGCCUCUAACCUUAAAGUGCAAAAAGUCUUUCUCGAAAAGACCCAAGGGUAAAAGUUUCACCAAAACAAGGUACAAAGUAGAUGAUAAACAUAGUCACGAAUCUUCCAAAGUCAAUAUCCAGAUAAACGAACACAUCGAGGUUUCCAAGGUGAAGAAAGAAAGAUCUCCCAGUCCACACAGGGCUGCUUCAUCAGCUUCUUUUGAUCUGUCAACGCUUCACCAGCAGGUCGACGAUUCCGAACCUCUUCCAUCGUGUUCUAAUCGAAUGAACAACGAUCUCUCUCCAAGUCUCUCAAUUGUACCAAAUCGUUUGUUGUCAUCGCCUAGGAAUUCCAUUAUAGCCACACACUGUAUAUACCUAGAUCCGGACAUCUGCGUCUACAACAACGGCAGGAAAGUCAUCAACCCUAUCGAGGAGAAGUUGCAGAAGAUAAGCAAGCAGAUGGGUGCGCUCAAGAAAAAGAUAAAAAAAUUUGAGAGUGACUUCCAUUUGAAACACGGGUUCAAGCCAAACUAUUUGGACAAGCUGAACGAAGGAGGUAUAAAGAAGCAUUAUAUGGAGUUGACCAAGUUGAAGAAGGAGUACAAGUUCCUUCAGGAGUCUGGCAUCAAAUCUUUUCAUGACGAAAAGUCUGCUGAUGCUAAGGAGAAGAGUCUUCAGGUGGUUAUGACAGAGAUUGAAAUGAAAUUGGAAUCGAAGAGAGAGAACUCCAGUAGAAACUGUAAAAUAGAAGAUAUGUCACAGGAACAAUUGUCUGAGGAGAAAGUGGCUGUCCAGAAAGCUCUCCUACAUUUGGAAAAUAUGUUUGGAAGGCCAGUUGACAAAGAUGAUCGUGAUCUUGUGCGUCCUCUGUAUGAUAGAUACAGGACCCUGAAGAGACUUGUUGCUAAAGCAUCGAUGGGGACGUCAGUUUCUAAUGAUCUUGAAACAAUUCACGAAGACGAAACAGUUCAUUUUGCCGUUGAAUCUUCAAAGUCAUCAGAAACAGUAACCGAAAAGACUUCAAUCACGGCAACAGACAGCGACACAGAUGUUUCCAUCAAUGAAAACUUGCAUGCAAUGGACCAGGAAGAACUUCGGCAUCAGAUGAAACUGGCAACAGAAGAGAAGAAAGUCUUGAGAAGAACAAUAAAAGAAUACGAAUUGUCAGUUCAACAGAAAACUGGAAAAAUGGUACAAAAAGAAGACAAGCAACAGAUCCAACAACUCUAUAAAAACUAUAAGACAGUGAAAUCCAAGAUUAAACUUUUGGAUGCUUUGAUUUCCAAGCAGAAUUAAUAUUUUUAGUUUGUAUUUGUAAUUGUUGAAAACACGGAAGUUGGUGAUUUUAUUAUGUAGAUACGAAGUAGAUGUUUAUUAUGUAGCUCGAAAUGAAGUUUUCGGCGAAAAAUUGAUGUAAUAAAAAAAUUAUUAUUAGUCUUUCUGAGGGUGUCGUUAUAGAUACAUCUCAGAUUGGAAUAAAAUACUGCUCAUUCUCUUCUAUUCAAAACCUUAGAUGAGAAGUGUUAAAUUAAAAUAAAUGUUUCAAAAAUAAUAAAUGAGUUCUAACUAAAUGUGGAUGUGCUCGCCGAAGAGUUUUUUCUAUACUGUUACAAAUACGAUUUUGUAAAAUAUGCUUUAAUAUUGUUGACGACUCAAUCCAUUCUAAUAUGAAGUGUUGACAAUUUAAAGAAAAACUUUGUGUGAACUACAGUAAUAGCAUGAAAAUUCAAAUAACAAAUUUUCGUAUAGAACCCAGAAUAAAUGUUACCUAUCACUAUUUUUAUGAUUUUGUAAUAGCUUUAUUAUGUUUUUUGUUCCACUCAUAAAUGUGCUAAUAAAGAUACUGAUGUGCAAUAAUAAAAACAGAAAUUCUUGGUGU